AUGAGCUCCGAUGAGCGACGGUGCAUUGACUUUUUCCAGACUCGGACCAUGCCCAUGCUGGUCAGCUUCUUUGAAUGGGAAGUCUGGCGACGUCUGGCACUGCAACUGAGUCAGGCUGAGCCGGCAGUCUGUCAUGCCUUAGUCUCUUUGAGUGCCAUGCAUUCAAACACCGAAGUUGGUGGUCUUUCUCGAGGCCAGGCGAGGAGGCAUCGAGCUCAAUAUCACCGCUUUGCGAUCGAACAAUACGGUCGCGCGAUGUCGACUCUGUGUCGCCGCUUGACAUCGCAGGAUCCGCACGUCGCUGUCAUCGCUCUUGUAUGCUGUAUUGUGUUCACAUACCUAGAAGUCCUCCAGGGCAACAAUGAAAACGCCUGCACGCACCUCACCAAUGGUAUCCACAUUCUGUCUGGUAAAAAGGGCGAGGAGGCCCGCUCGAUCGUGCGAGUCAAGCUGCAACACUAUCAUCGCGAGAACCGGUUGCCGACCCUUUCCCCAGAAAUGGCUCUGCUCGCCGCCAUCAUGCACCUAGAUAUACAGUUGCAGGUCCACCGAUACGUAGCCAAGCAGAGAGACGCCAUUCAGGUACGCGGCGACCGUCAACGACUUCUGCGAUUUCAGAAUCUCGACGAGGCCUGGCGGGAGCUUCAACCCAUCUCCGGAAGCUGCCUAGGCUGUCUGACCAUCACCCAAGAGGCCCUCCAGAGUCCAGCUGCUGACCUGUUUCCCAUUUUCAUCGCGCGACAUAAGCUCAGUCUACAACUCCAGGACCACAUUGCAGCCUUUAACGAGCUAGCUGCCCAGAUCCCUUGCCCAUCCGCCAAGGAAGUCCCCUGCAUGAACCUCAUCCGCAUGCAACAUAUUGUCCUCAAGACGCACGUCUACCGAGAGAUGGAACUGUCUGAGCACGUGUGGGAAAAGUUUACCCCGGACUUCAUGGCAGCGCUCCAGUUCGGUGAAGCCACCAUCGAGAGCCUUGAGGCCGAAUUCGGGCCAAAAAAACCUUCCGACGGUCCUUUAAAAUGCCGCCAUCUGCCGACACGGCAGCGCGGGAUCCAGCUCCUUCGCCGCUGGCCUCACUGGGAGGGACCGCAUCACACGAGCACAUUUGUAGCUCUGGUCGAGGGGGCCGUCAAUCUGGAGGAGGAGAGACGCGACCCGGUUACCGGGGUCAUUCCGGAGGAGGCGCUUGUGGCCGAUGUAGCGGUGAUCAAGAAGGAGGGGUGCCCUCCGACGCUCGGGUACACCCUGUCGCAUCCGGGGGGACCGCGACUGGAGUUGCCGUUCCCUAUGAGUACUGAGUAG